GCCUUUUCUCGUCCUCUCUCUCUCUCUCUCUCUCUAAGCUGUCCUGGUUCUCCAGAUUUUAGGCUUGUCAUGACUAGUAGGAGGGUGGUGUGUCAGUGUUAAUGUUUGACUAGAGGGAUCGGAGAGCUGGUGCCAUUGCAGUGCGUGGCUGUUUUGCAACACCAACUGCAGCACUUCUCGCCCCUUCUGCUUUUAGCAUGUGGCUUUCACUAGGCGCCUGAAGGAAACUUCUGCAUUUGCAAGCAUACGCUGAGAAAACCGUGCAACAGCAAUGGAGGUCCUGGUGCUGAUCGACUUCGAGGGGGUGAUGGCAGACGAGAUGACGGUGCGAGCGGGAGACGUGGUAAAGAACGUCACCAAGGGCCAGCAGGACGGCUGGCUGGAGGGAGAACUGGGGGGGAAGAGAGGGAUCUUCCCCGCCAACUUUGUCAAGGAAGUGCCAGUGUACUUAAUAGGAGACAGUAACAGGCAGCCAAGAAGCAUGAGGAAAUCGAGAAUGGUAAAGGCACCCUCUAGAAAAUGCGAGGUCGCAUUUUCAUAUGCUCCACUGCAUGAGGAUGAACUUGAGCUGGUUGCCGGGGAGACCGUUGAAGUGCUCAGAGAGAUUGAGGAUGGCUGGUGGAUGGGAAAGAAAAAUGGCAAAAUUGGAGCGUUCCCAUCAAAUUUUGUCAAAGAGAUUUUUGUCGCUCCAAAAGAUGCCAAGAUGACUGAGGGGAAAGCCCGGCCCAAACUCUCUGACGCCGUAUUCAACAACAAAGAGACACAGCACCAGAGGACAACUAGUGUACGCAGAAAAUCAGUCAAAGAAAAGGAACGAUGCCAGGUCAUGUUUGACUACGUAGCCCUAACUGAGGAUGAGUUGGAGAUGAAGAAAGGAAACAUUGUCACCAUCAUCUCCAAGGAAACUGAAGAUGAGGGCUGGUGGGAAGGGGAGCUGGACGGACGGCGGGGCUUUUUCCCUGACAACUUUGUCAUGGUGAUUCCAGCGGACGCCCUCCAAGCUGGUCUUACAAGCAAGCCUCCAGCCCGACAGCCCUCAGUGUCAGUCAAACCAGCAAUGGACAAGAACACACCUGAUUCCACCCCAAAGACAGAGUCAAAAGAUGACAAGGCUGACAUGAAGGACAUGAGAAGCGAACCUCCCGCCAAAAUCAAGCUUCCUGGACUCCCAGUCCUACCUGGACGCAGAGCGCCACCACCGCCGGUGAAGGAGAAGCCCCAUCACUUUACGCCCAAGAUCAACGGCGAGCAGCCUACUGCUCCUCCACAGAGCACAGAGCAAGAAAAAGAGGGCGAUGAGUUUGAUGGAGUAGACGUGUCUUCGGAAAAGCUGAGCCACCCCACUGUCAACAGAGCCAAACCACCCCCGAGGAGGCCACCCUCCACGCUCGCCAUCCACACUGCAGAAGCUGACCAGGAGGACGGUGAGCCGUCACAUGAGUCGGAGAAAAAGCCGCAAUCACCUCCUAAGAUUUGUGAUCGGGGCCUGAAACAUCGCAUUCUUAAAAAUGUUACUGAGAACCGGUUGCCAUCCCCUGGAAAGACGGAACAUCCCCCCAAGCCGUUACCAUCACCUCCACAGCCACAGCCACUGGUUCUCCCAAAGGUCCUGCCUGACCUGAAGCCUGUAGUGGCCCAGGAGAAGAGCUCAUCUCUGGAUGAUUUGCUGGCGGAGGUCCAGGAGCUGAGGAUGGCCCUGAAUCAGUUCAAGACCCGUCAUGAAAAUGACAUUAAAGAGCUGAAAGAUGAACUGAGAGAGGAGAGAAGCAAGCGCACAAAAGUAGAGGAAGAGAUACAGGCUUUGAAGAGUCGUCACUAGCAAGACUAGCAAGAAGCUAGUCACUCAGACACACUGGGCAGAGGACCUGAGAACACACACACACACACACACGCGCACACACACGCGUGCGCGCGCGCGCGUGCGUGCGCACAGGCAGGAACCUGACUGCUCUCAAGAGACCCUGAGAUGCCCACACAAUUACACACACACACACACACACACACACACACACACACACACACACACACACACAAUUCUACUCCGACAUGGCAUGGCUACUGAGUAACAGGCACCCUCAGAGAUCUUACUCCACAGAGGACUGAAGGUGUAAUAGUAUUGUACAAAAGAGAUCAAAUAUAUUUACUGAUUAGUGCAGGGUGGUGAGGUUUAGAGGUAUUUGCCUUAAAUGUCUAUGGCUGGUAUUUUUAAGUGCUCUGUGGGAAUGUUUUAUACUUUCUAUCUUGGGUCUUUUGUCUCCCUUGUGAAUGAGUCUUUUGUUGCUCAGUUUAAGCUCUUUGUGAGGCCUGGUAGAUCAAAUAUUUUCAUAACCUUUCGAUAAAGACCAAACAUUUAUCAAAGACGUAAAAAUGAUAUGGCGGUAAAGGGCAAUCGGGUGACAUGAUUGUUUUAAAAUCCCAGAUCCUUUCCCUAUAUGGUCUGAUUGCAACUGACCCAUGGUAUAGCAUAUAGGAUUUAGUUGGUUUAAAGAAUUUUCUUUGCCAAUGUUGUUUUGGCUAUUUUGUACUAGUAUUAAAAACUGUUUGUAAAUUUGAAAGAAAAAAAAAGUUACUUAUUGCAUUUGUUGGGUAUCGUUUUAGAGGACUUGUUUUACUGAGAUGUCAAGAUAAAACCAAGACAGACAUUGAUGAUGAUGUUUACUGAGGUUGUCCAAUCUCAGGGAUGACAAGGUGUUUUUUAUUCAUGAGUUACAAUGGCUUCCCUCAAUAUAUAUGUAAGUGAGCUGAACAUCUUUUGCAGUCUCUCUCCAGUGAAUAUAUCUUUUGCAGUCUCUCUCCAGUGAAUAUAUCUUUUGCAGUCUCUCCACUGAAUAUAUCUUUUGCAGUCUCUCUCCACUGAAUAUAUCUUUUGCAGGGUCUCCAGUGAAUAUAUCUUGUGCAGUCUCUCUCCACUGAAUAUAUCUUUUACAGUCUCUCUCCAGUGAAUAUAUCUUUUGCACGGUCUCCAGUGAAUAUAUCUUGUGCAGUCUCUCUCCAGUGAAUAUAUCUUUUACAGUCUCUCUCCAGUGAAUAUAUCUUUUGCAGGGUCUCCAGUGAAUAUAUCUUUUGCAGUACUCUCUCCAGUGAAUAUAUCUUUUGCAGUCUCUCCACUGAAUAUAUCUCUUGCGGUCUCUCUCCACUGAAUAUAUCUGUUGCAGUACUCUCUCAUUGCAGCAGAGGGCGACUGCUUUCCAUUGAUAGUUCAGUGACUGCAAAUAGCCUUUUUAUGAAGCAUCUAACAUGAAGUGAAACUGGCAGAUCUCCACAGAGGAAGGGGAAUAUUCUAUUAUUGUAAGUAGUAAUGACAAAUGGCGCUUAUACUCAUAAGCAAAAGUGCUUAAGGUCUUUUCACUGAAAAUGUGUCCUUCUGUUUGGACAUUUAAAUAAAUGCAAUUCAAUUAAUUAAUCAAGGAGAUAAAAAAACUCUCCACUAAAUACCUGGACCAGCCAAACUUUAAACUCUAAGAAAUUACCCAGAACUGAACUGAUUAAAGAAAACACUGCAAAAACCA